AAUUCUUUGAUCACAACUUCUGCAUUUUAAAAAAUGCAAUAAGACUCAGUAUUAAAUAGAGAAUGCUUUGAAUGUGGUUCACCUAAUCCUACUUGGGUUAGUUUACCAAAUUCUGUAUUUCUUUGUUUACCUUGUUCUGGAAUACAUCGUAGUCUUGGUGUACAUGUGUCCUUUGUUAGAUCUACAAAUUUAGAUAGUUGGUCAGACAAACAAUUAAAAAUGAUAAUGAUGGGUGGAAAUGAUAAACUAAAAGAAUAUUUUACAUCUAUUGGUGUUUAUUCGGACCCUUCUAAAUAACAUGACAUUUCAUGGAAAUAUAGAACUAAAGGAGCAUCUUAUUAUAGAGAAUGUGUAAUACUUACUAUAUUUAACUUUUAGAUUAAAGCUAAAACAGAAGAAAGAGAAGCUCCUUAACCUAUUCCAAUUGAAGAAGCAUUAUAAGAAGAUCCUUAAUUAGCUAUAUCAAAUUCUAAUCCUUUACCUAAAAAAGGAGAAUAAUAACAACAAUAUUAACCUAUGUAAAUGUAACCAUAAGAAGAUGAUCCUCUUGAUAAAAUGAAAUCAUUUUUCACACUUGGAUUCUAGAAAACAACUGAUGCUGCUAAAGAAGCUAAGAAGAAAUUAGAAGAUAAAUAUAAUGAUGAAGAAUUUUAAUAGAAAUUAACUCAAUUUAAAACUGAUUUUAAUUAAAAAACUAAUUAAGUUGCUGUAUACUAUCAUUUCUAUAUUCUAGGAAAAAACUAAAGUUGCUGCUGAAAAAGGAUAUGAAACUGUUAAAGAAGGAACUCUUUCAGCAUGGAAAUUUUUAAAAGAUAAAUUCAAUGAUAUUCAAAAAAAGGAUCCAUAACCUGAAUAAUUUGAAAUUUUAGAACAACCCAAGAACCAAUGAAAUUCUAUAAAAACUUGUUUUAAAAAUAAUUAAUAAUAUAAUGGCA